AUAUAUUCCUCGGCUCUUAUAUUUGCCCCAGAAGCAAGUAUAGUACGGAAAGCUUUUGUAGACGAAAUGCCAGGGUGGAUUAAGUUAUUGUUAAAACGGGAAGACGACUGGGAUGCUUGCCGCAGCGUGCUCGAGGGCCAUACCUCCUGCGUCAACGCCGUCGCCUUCUCGCCAGACGGCCAGCUGGUCGCGUCCGCCUCUCACGACAACACAGUGCGGGUGUGGGAGGCGGCGACGGGGUCGUGCCGCAGCGUGCUCGAGGGCUAUACCUCCUGCGUCAGCGCUGUCGCCUUCUCGCCAGACGGCCAGCUGGUCGCGUCCGCCUCUCACGACAACACAGUGCGGGUGUGGGAGGCGGCGACGGGGUCGUGCCGCAGCGUGCUCGAGGGCCAUACCUCCUGCGUCAACGCCGUCGCCUUCUCGCCAGACGGCCAGCUGGUCGCGUCCGCCUCUCACGACAACACGGUGCGGGUGUGGGAGGCGGCGACGGGGUCGUGCCGCAGCGUGCUCGAGGGCCAUACCUCCUGGGUCAACGCCGUCGCCUUCUCACCAGACGGCCUGUCUAUCCAAACAAAUGGCGGUGAUAUUCUCUUGCAUGUUCCUACUACGCCAUCGCCCUCGUUCCAAAGAGCGCGGCCGUCUCAUAUCUUUGUACAAGACCAGUGGAUUUCUUUGAACCAACAGCAGUUGCUAUGGCUUCCUUUUGAAUAUCGACCGACUUGCGCUACAGUUAACAGAAACGCAGUCUUUUUAGGGCAUUCUUCAGGUCGUACUACGUUCCUUAAAUUUCGUAUAUAG